ACUGCAAAAACUCCCUUUUUUGAGAAUCUCGGGCGCUCCAGUGCUUGUGGUGUCCAUGGCGAUUGCAGCGGCAGCUGUUAUCGUCCCAUUGGGCCUUCUUUUCUUCAUCUCCGGCCUUGCUGUCAAUCUCAUCCAGGCAGUAUGCUUUGUUCUCAUUCGACCUCUGUCCAAGAACACGUAUAGAAAGAUCAAUAGGGUGUUGGCAGAGUUGUUGUGGCUGCAACUAGUUUGGCUUGUUGAUUGGUGGGCAGGAGUUAAGAUUAAAGUGUUUGCGGAUAGUGAAAGCUUCAAUUUAAUGGGUAAGGAACAUGCCCUUGUCAUAUGCAAUCACAGAAGUGAUAUCGAUUGGCUAGUUGGAUGGGUUUUAGCACAGCGAUCAGGUUGUCUUGGCAGUACAUUAGCUGUAAUGAAGAAAUCAUCAAAAUUCCUGCCAGUCAUAGGCUGGUCAAUGUGGUUCUCUGAGUAUCUGUUUUUGGAACGAAGCUGGGCUAAGGAUGAAAGCACGUUAAAGGCAGGUCUUCAACGUUUAAAGGACUUCCCACGGCCGUUUUGGCUGGCACUUUUUGUAGAAGGAACACGCUUUACACAAGCAAAACUUCUUGCAGCUCAAGAAUAUGCGACCUCACAAGGAUUGCCUGUACCUAGAAAUGUUUUAAUUCCUCGUACAAAGGGUUUUGUUUCAGCUGUAAAUCAUAUGCGUUCAUUUGUUCCAGCUGUUUAUGAUAUGACAGUGGCAAUUCCUAAAAGCUCACCCUCACCUACAAUGCUUAGACUUUUCAAGGGGCAAUCCUCAGUGGUGCAUGUGCAUGUCAAGCUGCAUCUUAUGAAGGAACUGCCUGAAACGGAUGAGGGAGUAGCACAAUGGUGUAAAGAUCUGUUUGUAGAAAAAGACAAGCUGUUGGACAAACAUGUGACUCAGGACACUUUUAGAGACCUACCGUUACAGGAUAUUGGACGGCCGAUUAAACCACUUUUUGGUUGUUUCUUAUUGGGCAUGUCUCCUGGCUUAUGGAGCUCUCAAGUUUCUGCAAUGGUCUUCACUUUUAUCCACGUGGAAAGGGAUUGCGGUGUCAGCAGUUGGCUUAGCCAUUGUUACCAUUCUCAUGCAAAUCAUGAUUCUCUUCUCUCAGUCUAAGCGUUCAACUCCCGCCAAGGCUUCACCCGGGAAGCCCAAGAACAACGGUUAGAGUUCAGAGGCAAGACGGGACAAGCAGCAACGGUAGGUUGAGCUGGGAAGUACAUUUCACCAACCUAAAGUGUGUACUCUUACUUUUCAGUUGGCAAUCAAUAUGCUUUCGUUUUAGAUGGAGCUUCAAGCAUGUCUUUUGGUCAUAGCAAGGAUCCAAGUGAUACAAGCUUGUAUGCGUAUUUUCAGUUCGUUGUUUUUGUGGUAAAUUAGGGUUUGUUUGCAAAGACAGUGCACUUAAAAUCUUUAAAGCGUUUUGCUUUGAUUCCCCCCCCCCCCUUCCUAGUGCUAUUUGUACAUGU